GCUAAACGGUCAAACGCCCCGCUUCCGAUCUCCGCCCUUCACGCUCCGUCGCCCGCACAACCGUGGGAGGAUUGAAGAACCAUCAGUUUCUUUCUGCACAAGGGAAAUUCCAAGGGAUGCGCAAAUUGCUUCUUUAAAACGCACUUGGCGUGUGCCAUUUCUUCUCCGACGAUCCAUCACCCCCCACUUCUCUGAGUCUGUCAGGCAAUUUCACGAACAGACGAAAGAAUGCGGCUUUCAUCCGUUUCUCAGGAACCCACGAAACCCGCUGGUUAUUUGUCCAAUUUUGACUCCUCAGUGUUCGAUCACUCACAGAAGCCUAUCUGCCGAAAUUUCGCUUCUUGCGGCGUUUUGCCCAACCCCUUGUACUUCAAUGGUUUGGGUGGACGAAGUCACGUCAGCAAGCGUAAAGUAUUGUGUUUGAGUACUGCGGGAAGUGCUUCUGCUAGGAUUGGUAGGGCGCUCAAUCUGUUUAACAGAGCUAUUAGGAUCCAUUGUGAAAAAGUCCCUCUGGGGUUUGCUUCAAUUCAAGCUGGUUCUGUGGAGUCUAAUGGGGUGUCAAGAGAUGGGAAUGGAGUGUUGGAGGAUGAAGGAAUCCACAUCAGUGCAGUUCAAGAUGAUGCCCCAAAAACUGUGCUAAUUUUAAUGAGUGAUACAGGAGGUGGACACAGGGCCUCGGCUGAGGCCAUUAAGGCUGCAUUUAGUCAAGAAUUUGGUGAAAAGUAUCAGGUAAUUGUAUGUGAUCUAUGGACUGAACAUACUCCAUGGCCAUUUAACCAAUUGCCCAAAAGUUACAGUUUUUUGGUUAAGCACUCGUCCUUGUGGAAGAUGACUUAUUAUGGUUCUGCUCCUCGUCUUAUUCACCAAUCCAAUUUUGCUGCAACUUCAGCUUUUAUUGCGAGGGAAGCUGCAAAGGGUCUUAUGAAAUACAAACCGGAUAUUAUCAUAAGUGUACAUCCUCUUAUGCAACAUGUGCCACUUCGUAUCUUGCGAGCAAAAGGUCUCUUGAACAAGAUUGUUUUUACAACAGUGGUGACAGAUUUAUGCACUUGUCAUCCAACAUGGUUUCACAAGCUUGUAACAAGAUGCUAUGCACCUUCAGAUGAGGUAGCACAUCGGGCAAUUAAAGCAGGUCUUCGGUUUUCUCAAAUCAAAAUCUUUGGCCUUCCAGUGCGUCCAUCCUUUGUCAAACCUGUUCGGCCUAAGGAUGAAUUGAGGGAUGAGCUUGGUAUGAAUGUAGAACUUCCUGCUGUCCUUCUAAUAGGUGGUGGCGAAGGAAUGGGUCCCAUUGAGGCUACUGCUCGUGCACUCGACAAAGCACUGUAUAAUGCUAAACUUGGGGAACCAAUGGGUCAACUACUUAUAGUAUGCGGGCGCAAUAAGAGGCUUACCGACAAAUUACUAUCCAUUGACUGGAAAGUUCCAGUCAAGGUAAAGGGAUUUGUCACCAAAAUGGAAGAGUGCAUGGGAGCCUGUGAUUGCAUUAUAUCCAAGGCUGGUCCUGGAACUAUUGCCGAAGCUAUGAUUCGUGGGCUCCCGAUAAUUUUAAAUGAUUACAUUGCUGGCCAGGAAGCCGGAAAUGUGCCAUUUGUGGUGGACAAUGGUUGUGGGAAAUUCUCCAAGGUCCCAAAAGAGAUAGCCAACAUAGUGAGACAAUGGUUUGGUCCCAAAAGAGACGAACUCGAAGCCAUGUCUCGCAACUGUCUUAGGAUGGCUAGGCCGGACGCCGUUUUCAAGAUUGUCCGGGACAUGGAUGAGCUCCUCACCCAAAGAAGUUUUGCACAUAACCACUAUUGCCCAGCUUGAAACCUUUGACUGGGAUAUAUUAUAUGGAUGAGUUCCUCACCAAGUGUUUGAUGUGAAUGUACCACCCAAGUUUCAUGAGUUUUGUGGGACCCUUUACAUUAUAGAGUUGUAACAGUAUUCCAUCUUAUAAAACCAUUGUAAUAGUCUCUGAAGAAUCACAUUCCAUCUUAUAAAACCAUUGUAAUAGUCUCUGAAGAAUCACAAAAGUUUUGAGGAAGUAAUUUCUCUAAUAGUAAUAAAAAGUACUCUUCUGG